ACUCAACGUGAUCGGUAGCAGCGGGAAUUCUCUCAUAGUCACAGUCGGUCGCUUUGUGAUAUUGGAGGCAAGUUGGUUUUCCUUUCGCUCUCCUGUGAUGCCGAUCAUUUGUCUCUAAGCCGCGAGUUAUUGUAGUGAAGGGUCGAAUUUGACAGUGAAUAAAAUGUGGCGCAGUGUGAUUGUGAUGUUUAUUUCGCUGGGAAUAGUAUGGAGCCAUAAUCGACUGCCACCCCGGGUGACAACGCAAUACGGAACCUACGUAGGAGUCUGGACUGAAACCGUCUCGAAACAACCCAUUGCCAGUUUCCUUGGGAUUCCUUAUGCCGAAAAGCCUGUUGACCAUCUGCGAUUCAAGAAACCAGUACCAUGGACGGAUCACUGGCGAAGAGGACGAAAUGCUACACAAUACCGUGGGCCCUGUUUAUCAAUCGAAGGAUCCGGGAAAGGGAGCGAGGAUUGCCUAUACUUGAACAUAUUCACCCGCCAAGAAAUCCAAAACUCCAAGCGCGAGAUUAACUCAACGAAACGGGCCGUGAUGGUGUUCGUCAUUAACGAUAUCUUCGGAAAUAACGAUAAUUCCCUUUAUAAGCCAGACUACCUCCUCGAACAUGACAUAAUUUUGAUCACCGUGAACUAUCGUCUUGAUUUUUUUGGCUUUUUCACCACCGGCAACCACGUUGCCCCGGGUAACAACGGCCUGAAGGAUAUCCUGGAAGCGCUUAGGUGGAUUCAGGAGAAUGUAGCGGCCUUCGGGGGUGACCAUAACAGAGUAACCCUGAUGGGGCACGGUCUGGGCGCUGGUGCUGUCCAUUUGCUGGCCCUCUCGGAAAAAUCUGAAGGUCUGUUUCACAGAUACAUAACACAGAGUGGAGCGGCCCACAUGCCCUGGUCCUACCGCUUGCACGCCACGGCGGUAAAUACGUCUUUGGAGUUUGCCGCAUCUUUAAACUGCACCCGCGACACCAAGUGGGAAAUUGUUCAGUGUCUGCGGAAAAUUGAGAACUUCACGAGCAACGAAGAUGACCUCGAGAUAGUCAGAGGAUGGAACAGAUUCGGUCCUACGGACGAGCCGGAGUCCGAUGAGGCCGUCAUCACUGAUCAUCCGCAAACGCUCAUGUCGGAGGGAAAAGCUCGCGACAUUCCGUGGCUAACCGGUGUUGUUGCUGACGAAGGCCUCGUGGUAACUAUUCUAUUUCAUAAAAACGAAUCACUGUGUCACUGGGAGCUGACCGAAAACUUUGAGGAAAUCGUCAAGGCCGUAACAAACUGCGAAUAUUCUGUGAAGAACACGACCAAAUACGCAAAUGAGCUGUUAAAUUUCUACUUCGACGAUAACGUAGCAAUUAAUUGUGCGACGAACUUUAUCGAGUUUGCUGGAGACGCCGUGGUCAAUUGGCCGGUUCACAACGCGGUAUCGAUCCAGGCGAAAAAAAUGAAGUCUCCUGUAUAUUUUUACAAAUUCAACUAUAUCGGCACUUUCACCGCAACUCAGAAAGACGAUGAUCUGAAAAAUUACGGUGUCUGUCACGGAGACGAUUUAAAUUACCUUUUCUCACUGCUCAACGAAUUGCACGCGAACGACCUGCAGCUGAGUGACACUUCGAACGAUACCUCAAUGAAGUACUAUGUUACUGAAAUGUGGGCGAACUUCACAAAGAAUGGAGUCCCCGUUCUGUCGUACAUGCCUGAGUGGGAACCUUAUACGGAGGGACAUGCCUAUAACGAGUUCACGCAAGAUGCAAAUUUCACAAUGAAGGAGGAAUUUUAUCCGGACAGAAUGAAGUUCUGGACCAACCUAAAUGACAAAUUAUUAAUAAUACCAGAAAAGGACAACUCUGAAGGAUCUGAUGGGCGGAGCACGGGAUCUCAAUGUCUUUUUAAGACAUCUGUGGUCUUGCUGCUGCAUCUUUUGAUAGUAAUCAUUUUCGCGCGUUGAAAAUAGAAGAGAAUCAGGAGAACUUUGCACAAUUUGUUCACCACUGAGAGAAAACCAAGGAUAAACUUGUAAAUAACAAAUGAAAUAAUGUUUAGAACCGUAUAAUAUAUAUAUAUGAGGUAAAAUGUAGGCUCCACCUAUAAAUGUAAGAACCUUGCUUGGCUUCGUUCGCUUUCUUGAUCUUAUACUGUAUAUUUGUUGAUAAAUGAUACACGUAUAUUUUUCAUUGA